AUGACUACAAGUCAUCGUUCUGCCACUUCCAAAUGGUCAGCUGAAUUCUGUGGCUGUGGAGAAGAACCUGUAACAUGUAUUGUAACUUGCUGUCUGCCAUGCAUUACCUUUGGCCAAAUUGCAGAAAUAGUGGAUGAAGGACGAAGUUCUUGCGUUGCACAAGGGUGUGUGUAUGGGUUACUUAUGGUGGUGGCAUGCCACUGGGUGUACUCGUGCCUUUACAGAGAGAGGCUGAGAGCAAAGUUUGCGUUACCAGCAGAACCUUGCUGCGAUUGCUGUGCUACAUGCUGCUGCGAUCCAUGUGUCUUAUGCCAAGAAUAUGCUGAGCUCAAAGCAAGAGGUUUUGACCCUUCCAAAGGUUGGAUUGGGCCAGCACAUGCACCUCCACAAAUGCCACCUUCCAUGUCUAGAUGA